AUGGUGGAUGAUGCUACCGGUCAAGGUCAUCAACAAUAUGGUUCCUUACAAAACAAAAUUUCAAUGAGAGUUAUCGGGCGUGGUGGAGCAAAUAUUUUAAUUGAUUAUGGAGACCCAAGCUGGUUAUGGCGAUGCUGUGUCCGUUGGCCCGACCUGCUAUCAUCAAAUAAUGCAUAUACUCUCAAAAACAUUCAGUAUAUCAGAAAAGAUGUAGAACCCCUUCUAAAUGGUUUGCUUUGCCCAAUGGAUCUGAUCGAUGUAGACGUAGAUAUCAUAAGGCCCAUUCUAAUUACCUUUAUUUCAAAUUUAGAUGAAAAAGUUGUCAAGGUUAUUAAAAUUAAAAAUUUGGUUAACAAGAGUACCACUACACUAAUACAAAACGACCACCUUUUAAAAUCUUAUUUUACACAAGAUUUCCAAACAAUUUUCUUGGAACUGAAACCAAAAUGGGUAUACUACGAUAUGGAAUACUGUAGGAACUGCACUCAUAAUGCAUUGAAGGGUAGAGAGGCAAAGUACUGUUACAACCAACUACUAUUAAACCCAUCACACUUGGAAGCAAUAUUUGGAGAUUGCAAAAUGUACUCAGAUAAAUUCAAAGCUGCUAUGAUUGAGUACUUUAACAGUGACAACAACGUUUUCAAGAUGCUUUAUGAUUUGCAGAAAAAACUCACGGAAAACACAACCGCAAUUGAGAAUCUAGAGUCAAUCGACGAUGUAAAAGAUGAGCUUUUACUACUGAUGACACUCCGAGAUGUGACUUGUUUCAUUGAAUGGACCGGUACCAGAAAUGCCUUGAGUGUCAACGUAAUAGACGUAGAUCUAAAACCAAAAAAAAAAUGGACUCAUUGGGCAAAAACUCAUAGCCAAUUGGAAUCCGGUAAAAAAGUAUUCCAUGCCUCAAAAUAA